AUGGCGCCGCACACGGGACCCCGCGCCCCGCGUCCCGACGUAGCGGUGGCGCGGGCGCUGCUGCUCAGUUGGGUCCUCGCCCAGUUGACCAGCGCCGCAGGCGAUGCCGAUACAUUGGUGGCACGUAAUUUAACUUGGAAAUCAACUAACUUCAAGACAAUUUUGGAGUGGAUACCCACACCCAGCAAUCAUGCCUACACCGUUCAGAUAAGCACACAAUUAGGAGAUUGGAAAAACAAAUGUUUCCAAACCAGAGACACCGAGUGUGACCUCACGGAUGAGAUCGUGAAGGACGUGAAGGCGACGUACACAGCGAGAGUUCUGACCGUCCUGGAGCCCGGGAGUGGACAUGACCCUGACCCUGUAGAGGAGCCUUCAUUUAACAAGUCCCCGAGUUUCAUCCCUUACUUAGAAACAAAUCUCAUACAGCCAACAAUCAAGGGUUUUGAACAAGUUGGGACAAAACUGAACGUGACAGUACAAGAUCCGCUGACCUUAGUCAGGGCGAAUGGCACGUUCCUCAGCCUCCGGAAGGUGUUUCAGAAGGACUUGAGCUAUGUUCUGAGUUAUUGGAAAGCUUCAACCACAGGAAAGAAAAGCAUCCAGACGGACUCCGAGGAGUUUUUGGUUAAAGUGGAAGAAGGAGGGAAGUACUGCUUCAGCGUCCAGGCUGUGAUUCUCUCUCGGAAGACAAAUCAGAAGAGCCCAGAAAGCCUCAGCCGGUGCACCAGCAGGGAGGAAGGCAUUUCCAGGGAAACCGUCAUCAUCCUUGGAGCGGUGGCUCUGGUGGUCAUCAUCCUGGGAGCCAUCGCCCUGUCCGUGUGUCUGUGCAGGAAGGGGAAAGGACGGCGGAGGGGGAAGGAGCACUCGCGCCUCAACAUCACCUAACGGAAGUGUGUUGGAUCUGCCAACGACUGCAAGCUCCCUGUUGCCCUGUGACCAAGACCUUUUACCAGAACAGACGAUACAAACACAAGCCUGUACCUUGGAGCCCGAGACCCUGGGGAUUCAAAGAAAGCUGUUUUUAACUAUGACCUGUUAUCACAGUUAGCAUUCUGCUUUGGACAUUAGCAUGGGUCACUUUGGAAUGUAAUGAAGGGUACGAACAAUCCCAAGUUCUUAUGUUACGUUGACACUACACCACUUCUUGUACAUGUCAUGCUAUAGACGGCCUAUUCUACACUAGCGGUGGAAUCAGGUCAUACAAGAAAAGGAAAACAAAUGCCUUAAAAAUUCCUACAUGGACUUCUGGAGAACUUGUGAGCGACUGACACUAAAGAAUGUAAGAUGUAGAAAUAGGGACAUUUUCUAGGAGUUCUGACCGCAGGUACCCUUUCAUAAUAUGGUGAUUAGAGAUUUUAUUUUCAGGAGUACAUUUUUUUAAUCGUUUUAUUAGGGUCUCAUACAACUCUUAUCACAUU